ACGCCAAAUUUUUUUGAAGUGGUUCGGCUCCACCCACCCACCCCCAACGGCCACCAGCAACGCCGCUCCCGUCUCCGGCUCCGGCGGCUUCACCAUGGAAGGCGGCGGCGGCGGAGGAGGAGGAGCCAUCGAGUUGCGCAGGAGGAUGGCGGCGCAGUGUUUGGCGUUCGAGCGGCAGAUCGCCGACGGCCGCGAGCGCACCAAGGCAGCGGCCUCCGCAUUCAGCGCCGCCCUCCUCUCCGCCCGCUCCCUCUCCAACCACACCAUUUCCCAGCGAGAAAAAUCCAACCAACUAAAGGAUCAGCUGCGCAAACUUGAAGCAGAUUUUGCACAAGCUCUGUCCAUCCAAGGUAGCAACAAGACAAAGUAUGACCUUACUGGUCAAUCCAUUACGAACGCAAUUGCAACUAAUGAUCAGCUCAGCUGUUUGGUCACUGAUAAGAGGGCCAGUAGAGAUGAAUAUGCAAAUGUCAUAUCAAGUCAACUUGAAGCUAUUGAAGCCCUUGAAGCUAAAACUGACGCAGCAGGGAAAAAGAACCUAGAUGAAGCUUUUAUGUGGUACAAAAAGUUUCUUGGUUUUCAAGUUGUUGGUGGUGAAGGGGUGAAAUUUGUCUUCAGCAAAAUUGACAUUCAAAACCCUGACAAUGAAUAUUCGUUUUGCAUAAAGCUCAACAAAGAUAGAUACAACCUACUUCAAUGUACUCCAUUUCUGAAAGAUUCUGAAGAAUUGGUGAAGGAUCUAAACUGCAGUAAUGAUCUAUUCAAGUUUGUGAGAAUCAUGAGAGAGAGGUUCCAGGCUGCUGCAAUCAACGGGUUUCUUCCUGCUAGCUCAUUAUGCCCAGACAUGUCGUCAUCCAUAACAGAUUCAUCACCACCGGCUUUAUCAAUUGAUACUGGACGUGAAAGUACCACUACCACCAGCCAAAGUCACUCUCGAAGUCGGGCGAAAAAUCAAGAUAAUCCUACUAAAAGAGGAGCCCGUCCUAGUAAUUUGCUAUCUAGCACUCGUCGAUCUCCACGUGUUGCGGCUGCAGAUGCAACUAAUAGGUACUAGGCACAGUCUAAGAGCCACUUGGGUUGCACGAGCUAUUGCUGAUAUUUGUGUACAAUUUGAUGCAAUAUGGAUGUAUCGCGUUUCAUGUAGUCACUGUAGGAAUGAGAUUGAGUUUAGAUGGCUAUGGUGGAGUGAUUUCACGCGUGAAGAAGCUGAACUUGCAAACACAGGCUAUAUUCUGUGCAUACGCGGGGAGAUCCAUCUCGAACUCCCCAUUAUUCAUCUUUGACUAUGACACGUUGAUCUCUCCACCUGACAGUGAUAAAACUGUACAGUACGUAUUAUCUCCAUUUGUCCUUUGCAAUAGAGCUUAUCAUGUGUCAAAUAAAAUCGUUGUGUAUCCAAUGCUUUUGAGUAGGGAUGUAUUCAUUUGUAUAGGUAAUUCUGAUAUGCUAUCUACUGAAGAAUGUUCACUAUGUUGGCACACCACAUGUUGUAUCAUAACUCUCUGCAGUUUAACAGUUGAUGCUUGCUUGCACAGA